AUGGCUCUCAGUGCCCGCGGGCGGUCGCUCGCAUCCCUGCUCAGGCUGCGCUCCACCAGGCCUUUUUCCAGGUCUUUUUCCACAGCCAUCACACGACCACAGACAGUGAACACAUUGAGGACAUCCAACACAGCGAACGCAUUGAGGACGGAGAGGACGGUGAAGACGGAGAGGAUACAGUGCAGACACUUCGUCUCCCCGAGCAGCCUCUCGCAGCCCGCCAGCCAGCUCGUCGACGUCAAGAAGGUCCUGGUCAUCGGCAGCGGCGGCCUCAGCAUCGGCCAGGCCGGCGAGUUCGACUACUCUGUAUCAAUGCUGACGUCCGCAGGAUCCCAGGCGUUGAAGGCGCUGAAAGAGGCCGGCGUCAAGUCCGUCCUCAUCAACCCCAACAUCGCGACCAUACAGACCGACCACAAGCUCGCGGACGAGGUCUACUACCUGCCCGUCACCCCUGAAUACGUCUCCUACGUGAUCGAGCGCGAGCGUCCGGAUGGCAUCUUCCUCGCCUUCGGGGGCCAGACCGCCCUCAACCUCGGCGUCCAGAUGAACCGCAUGGGCGCCUUCGACCGCUACGGCGUCAGGGUGCUGGGCACCAGCAUCCGCACCCUCGAGACCAGCGAGGACAGAGACCUCUUCGCCAAAGCCCUCAAGGAGAUCGACAUCCCCAUCGCGGAGUCCAUCGCCGUCAGCACCGUCGACGACGCCCUCGAGGCCGCCUCCAAGAUCGGAUAUCCUAUCAUCGUACGCUCGGCCUACGCACUCGGUGGCCUGGGGUCCGGCUUCGCCAACGGCCCGGACGAGCUCAGGGACCUCUCCUCGCGGUCUCUCACGCUGGCCCCCCAGAUCUUGGUCGAAAAGUCGCUCAAGGGCUGGAAGGAGGUCGAGUACGAGGUCGUCCGCGAUGCCAGCAACAACUGCAUCACCGUCUGCAACAUGGAGAACUUCGACCCCCUCGGCAUCCACACCGGCGACAGCAUCGUCGUCGCCCCCAGCCAGACCCUAUCGGACGAAGAGUACCACAUGCUGCGCACCGCCGCCAUCAAGAUCGUCCGCCACCUCGGCGUCGUCGGCGAGUGCAACGUCCAGUACGCCCUCCAGCCGGACGGCCUCGACUACCGCGUCAUCGAGGUCAACGCCCGUCUCUCCCGCUCCUCCGCCCUCGCCUCCAAGGCCACCGGCUACCCGCUCGCCUACACCGCGGCCAAGAUCGCCCUCGGCCACACCCUGCCGGAGCUGCCCAACGCCGUCACCAAGACGACCACCGCCAACUUCGAGCCCAGCCUCGACUACAUCGUCACCAAGAUCCCCCGCUGGGACCUGAGCAAGUUCCAGCACGUCAAGCGCGACAUCGGCAGCUCCAUGAAGUCCGUCGGCGAGGUCAUGGCCAUCGGACGCACCUUCGAGGAGUCCUUCCAGAAGGCCAUCCGCCAGGUCGACCCGCGCUUCAUCGGCUUUCAAGGUGACAAGUUCGACGGCAGCCUCGACGACGUCCUCGCCAACCCGACCGACCGCCGCUGGCUCGCCGUCGGCCAGGCCAUGCUCCACGAAGGUUACUCGGUCGACCGCGUCCACGAGCUCAGCAAGAUCGACAGGUGGUUCCUCUACAAGCUGCAGAACAUCGUCGACAUGCACCGCUCCCUGCAGCAGAUCGGGAGCCUGUUCGGGCUGCAAAAGUCCGUCCUGCUCGAGGCCAAGAAGAUGGGCUUCUCCGACCGCCAGAUCGCCCUCUGCGUCGGCUCGACCGAGGACGAGGUGCGCGCCCGCCGCAAGAGCUUCGGCAUCCACCCCUGGGUCAAGAAGAUCGAUACCCUCGCCGCCGAGUUCCCCGCAGACACAAACUACCUCUACACCACCUACAACGCCUCCUCCCACGACGUCUCCUUCGACGACCACGGCACCAUCAUCCUCGGCAGCGGCGUCUACCGCAUCGGCAGCUCCGUCGAGUUCGACUGGUGCGCCGUCAACGCCACCCUCUCGCUGCGCAACAUGGGCAAGAAGACCGUCAUGAUCAACUACAACCCGGAGACCUACUCCACCGACUUCGACACCGCCGACAAGCUCUACUUCGAGGAGCUCAGCUACGAGCGCGUCAUGGACAUCUACGAGCUCGAGCACGCCAGCGGCGUCGUCGUCUCCGUCGGCGGCCAGCUGCCCCAGAACAUCGCCCUCCGCCUCCAGCAGUCCGGCGGCGCAAAGAUCCUCGGCACCAACCCGGAGGACAUCGACCGGGCCGAGGACCGCCACAAGUUCUCCCAGAUCCUCGACAGCAUCGGCGUCGACCAGCCCGCCUGGAAGGAGCUCUCCUCUGUCGCCGACGCGGAGGCCUUUGCUGACGCCGUCGGCUACCCCGUCCUCGUCCGGCCCAGCUACGUCCUCUCCGGCGCCGCCAUGAGCGUCAUCUACAGCCGCGACGAGCUCCAGGCCAAGCUGCUCUCCGCCAGCUCCGUCUCCCCCGACCACCCCGUCGUCAUCACCAAGUUCAUCGAGGGCGCGGAGGAGAUCGACGUCGACGCCGUCGCCUCGGCCGGCAACCUCAUCCUGCACGCCGUCAGCGAGCACAUCGAGCCCGCCGGCGUCCACUCCGGAGACGCAACCCUCGUCCUCCCGCCCGCAACCCUCGACGCCGCCGUCCUCGCGCGCGUCAAGCAGAUCGCCCAGCGCGUCGCCAAGGCGUUCAGCAUCACCGGCCCCUUCAACAUGCAGAUCAUCAAGGCCCACAGCCCGGACGGCGGCGAGCCCUGCCUCAAGGUCAUCGAAUGCAACCUGCGCGCCUCCCGCUCCUUUCCCUUCGUCAGCAAGGUCCUCGGGACAAACUUCAUCGACGCGGCCACCAAGGCCCUCGUCGGCAGAGACGUGCCCGAGCCCACCGACCUCAUGGCCGAGCCGAGACCCUACCUGGCCACCAAAGUGCCGCAGUUCAGCUGGACCCGUCUCGCCGGCGCCGACCCCUUCCUCGGCGUCGAGAUGGCCAGCACCGGAGAAAUCGCCUGUUUCGGCAAAGACCUGACGGAAGCGUACUGGGCCUCGCUCCAGUCCACCAUGAACUUCCGCAUGCCCGAGCCCGGCGAAGGCCUCCUCUUCGGCGGCGACACCACCAUGUCCGAGCUGCCCAGGAUAGUAGACUACCUGCACCCGCUCGGCUACAAGCUCUACGCCGCCAGCGCACAGGUCAAGAACUUCCUCGAAUCCAGCGUCCAGAGCAAGGGCGUCAAGGUGGACAUCAUCGAGUUCCCCAAGCAGGACAAGCGUGCCCUGCGAGAGGUGUUUGCAAAGAACGACAUCCGGGGUGUAUUCAACAUUGCCCGCGAGCGAAGCAAGCAUCUCCUCGACGAGAACUACGUCAUGCGUCGGAACGCCGUCGACUUUGGCGUGCCGCUCUUCAUGGAGCCGAAGACCGCCCUGCUCUUCGCACAGUGCAUGAGCGAGAAACUCCCCCGCAAAGAAGGCAUACCGUCCGAAGUCCGCAGCUGGUCCAACUUUGUCGGACGGAAACUGAUCUAA